AUGAGGAAGGCUCCACAGAAAACACUGUUGACGAAAGUGGCUGGCUCGGUCACAUUAAACAAAGUCAAGGGCAGCACCUACAUCACACUACUUUACAAUGGAGAGGAAGAGGAGAAGUUACAGGAGGAAGGGGAGCUGGAAGAGGAGGAGGAGUUACAGGAGGAAGAGGAACUGGAGAAGGAAGAGGAGGAGGAGGAGUUACAGGAGGAAGAGGAUCUGAAGGAGGAGUUACAGGAGGAAGAGGAACUGACGGAGGAGGAGUUGGAGGAGUUACAGGAGGAAGAGGAUAAGGAGGAGGAAGAAGAGUUACAGGAGGAAGAGGAACUCGAGGAGGUGGAGAAGUUACAGGAGGAAGGGGAAUUGGAGGAGUUACAGGAGGAAGAGGAACUGGAGGAGUUACAGGAGGAAGAGGAACUGGAGGAGGAGGAAUUGGAGGAGUUACAGGAGGAAGAGGAACUGGAGGAGGAGGAGAAGUUACAGGAGGAAGAGAAAUUGGAGGAGUUGGAGGAGGAGGAUUUGGAAGAAUUGAAAGAGGAGGAGAAGGACCUGGAGGAAAAGUGGAAGGAAGAGGAAGAGGAGGAAUUAGAGAAGUUGGAGAGG